AUGUUUCCUCUCCUUCUUUUUAUUCUUCAUUUUUCUCUUCUUCUUCUGGACACUGUUUAUCCAUCUAAAUAUUUCUUCUUUUUCUUCCUCUUCCUCUGGACACUGUUUAUCCAUCUAAAUAUUUCUUCUUUUUCUUUUUCUUCCUCUUCUUCUUUUCUUUUUUUUUCUUCUUCUGGACAAUACUGUUUCCCAUCUACAUGCUUCUUCUUCUUCUUCUCCUACAUCUUCUUCUUCUUUUCCUUCUACAUCUUCUUCUUCUUCAUCUGGACACUAUUUCUCCAUCUAAUUAUAUAUAGACAUCUAUCUAUCUAUCUAUCUAUCUAUCUAUCUAUCUAUCUAUCUCAUACGAUCUUCCGACCGAUAUCUACGAAGGGAACUCAAAGUGCCGGAUACGGACCAAAGCGAUUAUUAAACAUUCUAUUUGAUCGCCAGGUUUCAUUUUGGGAAGUUAACCAAACCACGAACUUGUUACUUCCCCACUACUAUCUAUCUAUCUAUCUAUCUAUCUAUCUAUCUAUCUAUCUAUCUAUCUAUCUAUCUAUCCCAGUCUGUUCAUAUCUAUCUAUCUAUCUAUCUAUCUAUCCCAGUCUGUUCAUAUCUAUCUAUCUAUCUAUCUAUCUAUCUAUCUAUCUAUCUAUCUAUCUAUCUAUCCCAGUCUCUAUUGAUAUCUAUCCAUCUAUCUAUCUAUCUAUCUAUCUAUCUAUCUAUCUAUCUAUCUAUCCCAGUCGUUUGAUACCUAUCCAUCUAUCCCAGUCUCGUUUGAUAUCUAUCUAUCUAUCUAUCUAUCUAUCUAUCUAUCUAUCUAUCUAUUUCCGCAUCUUAUCUAUCUAUUAUCUAUCUAUCUAUCUAUCUAUCUAUCUAUUUAGAAGGGUUAUCACUCCCGCUUAUCUCUCUCUCUCUCUCUCUUUAUCUAUCUAUCUAUCUAUCUAUCUAUCUAUCUAUCUAUCUAUAAAAGAACCUCAAAUACCCUGCGCCGAGACGCCACCAAUCAGACCAACUGAUCUGAACACCCUCAAUACCCUCCCAGUUAAGCCAUCGACCCUGCUGAGCCUAAACGUCUCUCCUCUUCGAGCUUUCGAACCCCCUGUUCUUAAUCUCUCUCUCUCAACUAGAUCAAGUCCAGCACGUCCCUUCUUUGUAACACCUUGGACUUCUACCUGCUUUCACAUCACUUCCACUGCUGACACCACGUCUGCGACUUUCCACUUUCUUCCUGUCUUCAAAUCUAGUACGUUCUCCCGGAUUACAGCAUCCCUAGACUCACAUAGCAUGGACUGCAAUCUCACCUUUGCCACCUUGUACUCCUCCACCGAAGAAGCCCACCUCCGCUUGUUUGCUGGAUUUCAAUCUCACGGUGACGAUCUGUUACAAGGAAGUUAUACCACCACCCAAGACUCUUCACACCUUUCCCCCGCACUGUUGGUAUCUUUUCACCUGAGAUGGAAAACACUUCAUGUAUGA